AAUUUGGUGUCCAUUUAGCAGAACUCACAGUUGACAGAGAUGGAGCCCUUGCUAUCAGACAAGUCAGUGACAGCAUUUUUCAAAAUAAUAAGUAAUAGCAGAUAGAUUUUACAAUUUAAUUAAAGUAUUUUGUGGGUUAAUUACAGUUAAGUCAGCUUAAAAACCAGAAGGCUCAUCUUGUAGAUUUAAUAGAGAACUCUUUUCACUCCCCACCUCUUGAGUUGGGAGAAAUGCUCUAUACUCUCAUAAAGCAAACUACCAUAAGCCAAUCAGAAUCAUUGGUAGUAUGGUUGAAAUAAUCUGAUUGGUUGAACAAGAAAGCUGUCAAAAAUGUCAAACCAUCAAAGUUCACAAUCUGCCAUAAUUCACAAACUGAAAUAGUUUGGCAGUUUGAAUUGAACACUUUUGCCUUAAGAUUUUUAGUCUCAAUAUGGAUUCUGAAAGUGAAAUGUUCUGUGAAAUCUGGCCAAAUUGUGGCUUAUAAAACACAACAGUUUUUUCACAUGACAAUUAGACAACAAAUUGCCUAAGGCCCUUGCUUUAUGAAUGAACGCCAGCUAAAUUCACAGGAAGAUGAAGCUCGCCUGGGAUGACAGCACCAUAAAACUUGGCUGCUGUGACUGAUGUGGCCAUCCACUUAAUACAUUGAAAGGAUAUCUGACAAAGCUCUUGGUUGUUCACUCAAAUGGUGGCCAAGGCUUGUUGAGGCUUGCCUCACUGUGAUGACCGUAGAUCAUCGCAAUGAGCUACUAGUUAUGGACCAUAGCGUGAUGGUGGUCGCUCUGAGACUGUCAUGGUUUGCAUGAAUUAUGACAGUUAUGCCAGUUUGGCUAUAUUUUUCAUCUAUGUUUUGUUCUGUUUUGUUUUUCAACAUGAAACUUUAUAUAUAUUAUGCAAGAGUUGGCUGUGUUUGAUUCUUAUACUGUAGGUAUGCUUACAAUCUAACUGAGCAUGAAUACCUUGAAAACUUGGGCUGUCAAUUUUGUUUUCUCUUUGAGGAAUUUUUCAUCUGUUCACAUCAUUAUAACCUCAAUUACAGGGCUUGGCAUGUUUACAAACCUUUGUUUGGUUCUGCUUGUGCUACUUGGCAGCUCACUUGUUGCAAACUUUCACUUUCAGUUAACAAAACAAAGCCAGUCUAAGAGAAAAGUUCAGGAAAUGGUUGGACAUAGUAAUAAUUGGCAGAAGGUGUGACGGCUUUAGCUCAGCUUCAUGCUUUGGACUCUGAUAGAACAUGCUCUGUCAACCAAUGACAGCAUGCUUUAUAUCCAAACUACUUGGAUUGUAUGAUUGCAUUGAAAAGUUACAUGUACAUGUAAAUGUCGCGUGUUUGAACAAAACUAUAACCUUGCCUGUCAGCUUGAUUGGUUGGUCAGUUUUUUCUUGUAAGUUCACUAAAGGAUGAAUCUGCACCAAUUUGAUGUCAUUACUAUUUCUUUUAACUGUUUCCAUCAAGCUUACAUGAAUAUUAAGUCUGAUUGAAGAAUAGUCUUUUGUUUAUUUAGUGUAACAUAGUAACAUAGAGUAAAAAAAUGAUAUUUUCUUUAAACAUAAAUCAUUUUCAGCUUGCCUCAGUCAUUCUAAAGCAGUAUGUUGAAGCCCACUAGAAUAGCAGUGCUGAGAAAUUUAGACCUCCUGAGACUACAGAUGCUGUAAGUACAUUUUGAAUAUACUUCAAGUCUUACAGUGGUAAAUGUAAAUCAUCUUUGUGGAGUAAUUUAAUGAGUUUUUUUUCAAUUUCCAUAUACAGAUAUAUAGCUAUUUUCAUUUUUUUAACCCUUUAAAUUCUCUAAAGGGAGAAGUUUCUCCCAUGAGAUAGUUUCUUCUUGAAAAUAUCAAUUAGGGCAUUAUAAGUUGACUUAAUACCAAAUUCUCAGCACUUAUGUCAUAUGAAUUGUAUGGCAGACAGUAAGGAAGAUUAUUAUUAAGAUCUUAAUGGUGAAAAGGUUAAAGAGGGUAAUGCAUUGGAAAGGUUGAUUCUUGGAGGGAGGGCUGGUGAAAGAUUGGGUGUUUUAAAGUGAUUUCUUAUAAAUAAGUAUUGUAGUAUUGCAGAAUGGCGACAAUGUUUACCAUGAAAACUUGAGGUUUUAAUUACCAAAUUCCUUACUACACAACAAGUACAGGAGUGCUGUACAAAUGAAUAAUUAAUAUAAACGAAUAAACACAAAAGACACAUAACUGUGAAAAUCAAACUUACUUAGUAUACAAAGUUCUCUGCAUGGAGUAUCCAGUAUUUUAAGUUAUAGUAUACAACAGGCAGUUCUAUACUAAGGAAUAGUAAACACAAAAGACACAUAACUGUGAAAAUCAAACUUACUUAGUAUACAAAGUUCUCUGCAUGGAGUAUCCAGUAUUUUAAGUUAUAGUAUACAACAGGCAGUUCUAUACUAAGGAAUAGUAAACACAAAUGACACAUAACUGUGAAAAUCAAACUUACUUAGUAUACAAAGUUCUCUGCAUGGAGUAUCCAGUAUUUUAAGUUAUAGUAUACAACAGGCAGUUCUAUACUAAGGAAUAGUAUGAUAGUCCUCUCCACAUGUUCAGUGGAGAGAAGGCAACCAUAAGGUGUGUCGCAGGGUAAUUUAGUAUCAUCAGCAGAGUAAAUUGGCCUCUGUAAAGAGUUUAAAAGCUGAUGUUUUAAGUGUUAGGCCUUUGUCAGGGUGAUUUGGAAGGGCUAAUGCUCAAAACAUCAGCUUUUAAACUCUUUACUAUGGCUAAUUUAAGUUAUCAACUCAGUUGCUGUACUCUCCCACUGAUGCAGCACCACAGUCUCUUUAGAAACUUACUCCCAAUAUUUAUAAGUUGCACAGACAUAGUCAAUGGUCUUUUAUUUUAGCAACAUUAUUCCCAUUCUCUCACACAUUGCUAAUUAUCAAAGGUUACAGAUAUCUUCUCUUUUCAUUGUGUUUUAGGCCAAGGAAGAGAUUCGUCGUCUUUUACCAGGAGGUCUACAGGAAUCAAUUAGUAAAGUCAGGUCAAGCGUGGUAAGUUUUUUUCAUGUUCAGAGGGUAAUCUAUUGUGAGAGGUUAUUCUUGGCAUCUCUCAUGAUCAACUUAGCAUGGAAGGUACAUCCUCAUGGCCUGAGGGAAAACUCAAGUUCUAGAAGCACUUUCUUGUGUGUGACUGUUUUUACUGGAUGACACCAUGAGUUACCAGUUACACUAUUCGUUACACUGAGUGAGCAGGUUCAAGAGAGAAAAUGACAUUGAGGCUUACAAAUGUAAAUUUGCAAAGACCUAACUCUCAAUGUACUUUUGAAAGUUUUAAAAAUCUCUUACUCCAUAAGAAAAAAAGUGAGAGUAGAUUCACAGUCUUCUAAUUAUAUUUGUACAUCUGUAAGUCUUCCUCAACACUUGUAGAUUUAUACUUAUUUCCACUAUAUAUUUUCAGGCAUAUGCAAUCUCAGCCAUAGCAUACUGGGAUUGGCCAGAAGCUUGGCCGCAUUUGUUUGGGAAUCUGAUGCAAGCAUUGACAAGUGGGGAUGGCAAUUUGAUUCAUGGAGCCAUGAGAGUUUUAACAGGUAUGAAAAACUGUACUUCACUAAUUAGGGGUGAAGGAACAGCUACUAGAAAAUGGAAGCUUUUGAAAUGGUGUCCUUCCAACUUGUUCAAACAAUGGUUAACACUUUCACUCCAAGAUUUUAAUAUCCGUUUUCCCGAAUGUUUGCCAGACAUUAUUUUCUUAUAACUUAAGUUAAAAAAUUUGGCUUUUUGUCCCAAUAUUAUUUUUUGCACUUCUCAUCACCUUUCUGCUGGAUAUUGUAUGGAUAUUGUUAGGAGAAAUUUGUCUUUGGUCACACCUGGGAGUGAAAAGGUUAGAAAAACUCAAGGUCAACUGCCCCUUAUGUCUAAGGAAAUGUGGACUGUGAAGUAGGAGACUGUAAUAUGAGAGUAAGGUAAGUUUAAAUUGUAGAUUUUGAAAUAGAGAGAAAUGCUUAUUUGUAAUGCACUUGCAUAAUUUUGGAUGUCCAUUGUAAGUAUUGUUGUCUAGCCUGUUAAGGGUUUCUAUUAAGUCUCACUUAUUUCUGAGCAGCAGUGUAAAGUGUUUGUGAAUCUAUCCUUAGAGUUCUGCCGUGAGGUGACAGACACACAGAUGCCUCAUGUUGUGCCUGUGAUCCUGCCUGAAAUGUACAAGAUAUUCAUUCAUGCAGAGGUAUGUUGGUGGAAAUUGUGCACUAUCUGUUCAAAUCAUGAGGGGACGCAAGCGGCCUCAACUGUAAGUACUGUUUAGAAAUGCUUGGAUAUUAUCCUAGCAUUCCUAACAUUCUGAGCUGCGCGAGAGUGUCAAAAUCCAUGUGUAUAUCAGAAAUGUCACUAGACCUAAAGUAUGCCAGAUGAGGGCUAAUAAAUAUGAGAAGAUAAAUGAAUUAAUGCCUGAUAUCAAAAUGUCAUCAGCUAAUGCUUUUGUUUCACAUGCAAUCAAUAGUGCUUUUAUUCCUCGGCCGGUUCCUUUGUGUUACAUCGUAGAUUAUGAAGAGAAAUAUAUCCACACGAUUUAUUCACCCUCAUCUGGCAUACUUUAGGUCUAGUGACAUUUCUGUGACAUACGCACGGAUUUUGACACUCUUGCACAGCUCGGAAUGUUAGGAAUGCUAGGAUAAUACCCAAGCAUUUCUAAAAAGUACUUACAGUUGAGGCCACUUGCGUCCCCUCAUGCAGCUGAAAAUUGAAAUGUUGUUGAGGUCUGCAUACCUGUAUCAACCUCUCGACAUGACGUGGUGUGGUCAUUGGUGUUUGAAUGUUUUUUGUAGAUGCACAGUAUCAGAACAAGAUCCCGUGCUGUGGAUAUAUUUAAUACUUGUGCAUCACUAAUCUGUGCAAUGGAAGAUGCUGCAGUGAGAUCAUUUGCCACUUAAGGGAAUUGGGUCCAAGAUUAUUCUUUUUCUUUUGCCCUCUUAUGGGAUUUUGAAUGGAAUGCUGGUUACCAGAGUUGAGUUCUUAUUUCUGAAUGAAAUUUAAUCCCUACUCUUGGUCAGACUCUUCCUCUCCUAAAGGAAGUAAGUUUAUUACAAAGACAAAAGUGUGCUUAUGUAGGACCAUUCCAUCAUUGUUUCUAUAUUAUUUUCACAAAUAUAGAAGGGGAAAAAUAGGUUUGGGGAAAAAGAAAUUACUCACUUGGCUACUGGUAUUGUUUUUUUUUUUGUUUUCUUUUGGGGGGAAAUGGUGAACAGUGGCAUUAGGGAAUUUUGAGAUCUUGGAAUCAUACAGGUUUGUCAUAAACCCAGAGUUGUUGUGUGGGAAUAGGGAGGGGGUUCUGGGGAAAUCCUGUUAGGGUAGAGGGGGAGGUAGACAGGUAGUUUGUUUCUGUUGCUGUCAGAAGAGGUGGAAUUUUCUUUUCAACUUAACAUGAAUUCUUAUAGAUUUACCAGAGUGUGCUGAGCAUUAAAUGUUCUUACCUCUGGUUAUGCUUUGGUAUUUAUUGUGAUAUGGAAGCUGUCAGACUAAAAGUUUUGCAUGCAAGCAGUAGUAUUGCAAUUUUGUUUGUUAUUCAUUUUUAAUUAGAAAUUGGACAAUAUUUUUAACAAAUUCUCAUUACAGGGUAUUGCAAAGGAUGUCCUCUUUCCUCUUCUUCCACAAUUCACCCGAGCAUUUGUUGAAGUUCUGGCAAUGUCUGAUAGGUCCACACUUGAAUGUGGCCUGAAGAUGGAAGUGCUAAAGGUUGGUUUUUGAUUAGUCUGAUUUUAUAUAGCAAACCUUUUUCUGUGUUUAUUGUAUGGAUUGCUUCCUUAUUCCUUGUUUCAUGGUAUGCUGGCUUCCUUUUGUAAUUACACAACCCACACUACCUUUGGCUGGGAAUGAGAGCAAGAAUGUAGGCCUGCAAUGCAUGUAUGAAUUGAAAUUUAUUGCUAAUAUCAUAUCAUUAUCUUAUGCUAUAUAUGUAUACUUGGUACAAUGGAUAAACCUUCUCCUUACAAGCCAAGAAGUUAAAAUGUUUUUUUUUUCAAAAUUUACAUUGCUCAUCAAAAGCAUAUGAAUUUCUCAUUCCAUCCAGAAAGUCACCAUUUUUUGUGCAAUCAUUGGCAUUCAAGAAAUCAAUUAUAGAAGCAUGGCUUUUUUUAUUUACUUUUCCUGCUCAGAAAAUGACAUGCUUCAAUCCCAAAGAUGAAAAUUCCAGGAAGUGUAUUAAAGAUUCCAAAUUCCCUUUUCCUUUCUUUUUGUAAAUCACCAAUAAACUCAACAUAUCAGCUCUGGUUCAUUCAUUGUACUUGUCAUAAUUGAGCACUCUUAUUCAGUGUUAAUCCAAGCUACUGUCCAUCUUGUAUUCAUUAAAAAACCAGUAAUUGCUUAGGGUUAGGUUACUUUAUCCCCAUCAAGGCAUUAAUGACAUUGGUUAAGAACUACACAAAGCAAAUGGCACCACAUUAAUGGAACAACAACAAUUGUGCUGGAAAAAAAUCAGUUUGUGGAACAUUACCUCUUCUUACCAUCACUACUUUUUCUUUUCUUGUGUCUUAGGAGAAGUGUUGGGAUUUGAGAAUCUUGUUUUCAGUGUUUUUGAGUUUAUCUGUGGACUUACGGAAACACCAAAAUGCAAGAAAACUGUCAAGAAGUUUUUAGAUGAACUUGUUCAUUUCUUAGUGUUGUACAUGCAAAUCACAGAAGAGCAGGUGGGUUUUGUUUUUCAUUUUUAUUUCCAGCCUAUUAUCUCUAGUCUAUUUUGCACUCACAUAAUCAACAACAGGUGGCUUCUAGAUACUUGUCACAUUGAUCAAACGAUAACCUCUUUUGUUGUUAUUUGCCUCCUUCAAGGCAAGUGUGGACAUCCAAUCCAAAUCAAUUUGCUGAAGAUGAGGAUGAUGACACCUUUUCGUUUUCUGUUCGCAUUGCAGCUCAAGAUGUUCUCUUGGUAAGUGAAUGGAACAGCUUCAACAUUCAAUUCACACCUUCAGUCUUAGUGCGCACACUGUUUUCUUAUGGGGCUCACUUAUUAUGUUACAAUUGGCUGAUGGUGCGUAAUUUACCAGUGCAUUACACAAGAUUGCGUUUGAUUUCAAUACACCCAUUGGUGUGUUUCAAGCAUGUAAAUUGGAUGUGAAACACACACACGAGAUGUACUUGUAAUAAUUUUAUAAACGUGUCCAGGUAAUUAUAUCGUGAAGUGGUUUCAAGGAAUUGUAACAAACUUUUGCAUAGUCUUCAACUGAUAUUUUGUAGGUGUUGCUGCUGACUUUGUAAAAUGAAAGUGCAGUCACAUUGACAAAAGCACUCAACAAACAUUUACAGGAAUCAAAUGAAAGAAAAAGCCAAGGAGAUGUUAAUUGGUAAGUGUGAUGAAGUCAAACUGAGUCAUGUGUGGUCUUCUUGCCUCAAAUGAUGGUUGUGGCUGAAAGACAGUGUUGGCCUAUUAUAAUGCCCAAGUUUUAGUGUGGCUUGAGUGCACACAGGCAGAGGCUCCAUACCUAAGAAAACAUGGUAACCAUAAGGCUGGAGAAUAUGACUGUUGUUAUGCAAUGUGUCUGAUCAUCCUUACUGAUUUCCAAUUGACUGACUUGCUAAAAGACAGUCAUUACUUAAUAUAAAUGCCUUAGUCUUUGCAUAGCUUGAGAGCGUACAAGCAGAGGCUCUCCACCUAAGAGAAUAUGAUUACAAAAAAUAUGCUGGAGAAUUUAUUGUCAUGAGAUGCAUCUGACCAUUCUAAGGAACUGACUUACAAUUAACUGACUAGCUAAAGAACAGUUAUGGCAUACUACAAUGCCCUAGUCUUAAGUGUAGCUUGAGUGGUUCUUUUUUUUUUUUUUUUAAAUUCUUGAAAUUCUCCAGUCUUUCACAAGUUUUGACAGGCCACCAAAAUUUCCUGCUGCAGAAAAUGCCAGGCUAAGAUAGAUGUUUGGGGUCCUUCAAUAAGUAAAGCUGAAGCAAAAACAUGAAAUUUACCUUGUAACAGAAAGAUGAAGUUGUUUUGGAAGAAGUAUUACCUCGUAGUAUCGCCUUUUGUUAAUGGUCACGCGGUAUGGGUGGCAAGUCAUCUUACUCCUUAUUGUGGGCAAGGAUCCCUCCAUUUUGAUGCUACAAGCAGUUUAUCUUUGAGCUCUUAGCUUGUAAACAUUUCUCAUGUUCAGCUUCAUCAAAGCAUCUGUCACAAGUCUUCAGUCAGCACAGUUGCCUGCAGUUAGAAUAUUAGCUGUAAGAGCUAUUGAGGAGUAGGUGAACCAAUUUUUUUUCUUUUUUACUUAUUAUUCUUUUAUUGAAGUCAAGAAAUUGUUGGCUAAUGUCGACAAACACUACUUCAGGGAAAAAAAGAUACCAGCCAUAUCCCCCUGAAAACCUGGAUUCUGAAAGGCAUAAACCAAGAUGCAAAAUUCUUAACUGGGAUUAACUUUUGUCACACUUAAGGGCCAAAAUGGAAGUAAGUUUUUUGAACUUUGCACCAACUUAGUUUUUAAAAGAAGAGCCAAUAAGAUACUAACCACUGAGAUGUUUCUUUUAACCCUUAAUUCUCAAGAUCUGAUAGUUAAUUCUCCCCUCUGGCUGCUACAGAUUUCCUUGUAAAUUAGUUAUGAGAACUUGGUGUCAGAUCAAGAUAACUAUUUCUACCUGAUAAAUUUGAGUAUUCUCAUUACCUAUUUGCUGGAUAUGAUAUUAUAGGGAGAACUCAGAUGUUUAUCACCUCCAAAGGGUUAAGCUUUGACAUCAUGUGUCGCUAAUUAGUCUUGUAGUCCUGAAUUUUAGUGAAUUUUUGCAGAUUCUGUGCCCACCUUAAGAUGUCAAAUAAUACACAGAUCCUAACACCUUACCUUGUCAAGAUCAUGGAAGUGUUACUGACCUUGGCGACUCAAACAACAGAUGAUGGGCUAGCUCUCAUUCUUGAGUCUCUUAGAAUAGUCAUGUUGAUGAGAUGAUGGCUAAGGAUUGUUUUGUUGGAGCAAUUUUUCAGUUGAGUUUUGAAAGUAAGUGGGAUUUGCAUUGUCCAUGCUUCACUGCCAUUUGUGAUUGGUCUCUGAAAUUUGUGGCACCCUCUCAAUCAGUCAGAUGUUAAUCUAAUACAAGACACAACCUAGUCAAUUGCCUUUUUGCAGCCUAUGUUUUGCCAUAUCCAUAUCUCCCCCACCCAGGAGUUUUUCAGCUACAAGUAGGGUAGCAUUUUGGAAUCCUUAAUGGCUCCUUUUGAUUUCUCAUUCUAUUUUGAUAGGCUGGUGAUAAUUGUCAAUGCUGAGCACCUGUCACUAGUAAUGAAUGAGUAGUUGAUUUGUAUUAAUAAAUACCUUUAGAGAGUUAUCUGACAAUAGUUACUCUGUAGUAUGUGAAUUUUUACCUCUGCAGAUCACAUAAAAAUAUUAUUUAAAAAUGUUGAGUGAAUUAAUUGAAUAAGUAUGACAUUGAAACAGAUCAAAGCCUAGAAAUCUUUUCAGAGAAGGAGUAGUGCCCAUUGGAGAAGGAAGCUUGGAGAAGAGGAGGCUCAGGAGCAUGUUCAAAAGUAUAUACAGUAUAACAAAUUAAACAUAUCAAUUUGACCCUUUAACUCUCAGAAGUGAUUAACAUGCAAAUUCUCUCUAUAAUAUCCAUACAUUGUCCAACAAACAGGUUAUGAGAGUACUCAAACUUAUCAGGUUAAAGUUAUUAUUCCAAUCUAAUGCCAAAUUCUCAUUACUAAUUUACAAGGAAAUGCGUAGUAGCUACCUGUAGAGGGGAGAAUCAACAGUCAGAUCUUGCAAGUUAGAGGGUUAAGCGAUUUAGUGGCUCAGUUCUAACUGAGGACUCUGUAAACAGAUAGUUGAAGAGUAGAUACAACACAAAUCAUUGAAAAAAAUUCCCAAUGGCUGGGACAUUAUCCAGUUAGCUUUUUGAAGAUCAUACACACACCUUGGUUUCAUAUUGAAAACUAGUUCCAGAAAUUGCACACUUGACAAAGGCAUCAGACAUGUUCCUCAGCAUGUUUUCAGCCUUGAUGUUGAAUGCUUUGUGGAUGGUUACUAUCAGAGUUUCAGGUUCUUCAUAUUCAAGACUGAUUUCUAAUUCUCCUUUGAUGCUGAAAUCAGUCUGCAAAUAAAGGUUGAUGAAAAUGAGCCUAUAAACCUAAUCAUAAAAAUUACAAUUCCUUGAUUGUGAUUGCUUUCAAAAACUCCUUUUAUCCGCUAAUUCACUUGCCAAGUUGUUAUUGGAUAGCUUGUUAUUGGACAGCUCAAUAAGCCAAUCACAUUCAUAGUGUAGUUUAAAUCAAAAUUUUCCUUUCUUUCUUAACUUGGCUAUUCGUCUUUUCUCAGAAAUUGUAAGUAAUUUUUUAUGAUUAAUAGGUAAUAAGGCUUCACGUUGUCCACUUAGGUCUGUAACUUCACUCUCCACUCAGUCCUAUUACCAUUGCUUAUUCUGUUAUCAUCAUUUUUUUGUUUCAUCAACAAGUGUAUUCUAAAUAUAGACCUUAAGAUUCGAAAAUGAGAUAUUUUCAAAGUCUUAGACUUUCCAACCACAAAACAGUGGGUUAGCACAAAUCUCUGUUAUUUUCAAAUUAGUGGGAAAAGUACAAUGACCCUUGACAUUAGCCCUUAGGGUGAGUUUUUGCAAAAAUGGUGCUGUAGCCUAACAAGAUACCAACAAGUCGGCAGUCUCAUAGUUUUACAGCUGAGAAAGAGUUUGAGUGUGUCUGCUGACAAAAGCUUUGCAAAUUAAGUUGCACAAUAGAGCUUCAUGAGGGAUAUAUUCCAUUUGUAUUUAAUAUAAAACUUGAAUUCAGAUCUAGUGCUUGUAGCCAAACUGGUCCUAGAAUUUAAAAAUCUCUAAUAAAACUUCAGUGCUUACAUGUAUAUUGUUGCAUUAUCAAGAUGCUAGGGAAGGGAUACAGAAAAGAUAGGGUUGAAUUGGAUGUCAGCACUAAGAGAGCCUCCACAAAAAUAUUACUUACAUGCACAAACAAACUUUAAAAUGCAUGUUUAAUGCAUUUAUCCACUUCAAAAUAACACAUAGAGAAAAUUCCUUCCCAAAACUGUUCUCAAUGUCUAGUUUUCCAACAAUUGAUAGAAAAUGUAUUGCAAAAUAGUGAUCUUUCUUUUCCUAAACCAAGAAACUUGG